GCACAAUUAGAGCUGCUAUAUGCGAAUGACAGUAUGAAGACCUCCGAGUCUGCGACGAGGAUGAAGGCUUAGGAGCUGCGACUCUGCGGACUGCGAGGAAGACCGAAGACCGAAGACGUGAACAAGAGCCCAUCAGCCGCGCCGCGCCGCCGCCUACGUCGUCCGCCGGCGUGCGGCUCUGCCUCUGCGCCUCUCUCCAGCAGUCCAGCCGGCUCCAGCCUCCAGUCCACAGUCCACACCCGCCCGUCUCCAAAAAUGUCUGAAACAACCACAGAGUAUUCUACCAUCCAGAGUACCGACGGAGUCACCCUCGAUGCCCGAAUUUUCCGGCCAUCCGCCGCCGAUCACGACCACAAGGGUGCCGACUAUUCAGCGUUGGUAGUGGUGAUGGUGCAUCCCUACUCAGUGCUAGGUGGCUGCCAGGGACUAAUGAAGGGGAUGGCCCGCGGUCUGGCGAGUAGAGGACUAACAGCUAUCACAUUCGACACCCGCGGAGCCGGAAGAUCCACCGGCCAUGCUUCCCUCACCGGAUCCGCCGAGGUCAACGACGUCGUUUCCGUCUGCAAAUGGGCCGCCGGUGACCUUUCCGCGAGGCGCAUUGUCGUCGUAGGAUCCUCCGCCGGAGCUGCAAUCGCCGGAUUUGCAAUUGAUAAGGUGGAUGAAGUAGUGGGCUACGUCAGCUUAGGGUACCCCUUCGGAUUCACAGCUUCGGUUCUGUUUGGAGGGCACCAAAAAGCCGUAUUGCAAUCCCUAAAGCCGAAGCUGUUUUUGAUGGGGACAAAAGAUGGGUUUACCAGUGUGGGGCAAUUGGAGAAGAAGCUGAAGAAAGCUGCGAGUGAGAGUAACCAAAUGCAUCUCCUUGAAGGAGUGAGCCAUUUUCAGAUGGAGGGUCCUGCUUUUGAUGCUCAAAUGGUUAAUUUGAUUCUUCAGUUCAUUACAUCUUUGUAAUGCUAUUCUUAUUCAUCAUAACAUCUCUUUUAAUAUAUAAAAUUUGUUAUAAAAAAAUGUUUCCUUCUUAGUCCCCAUGAAGAAUUAUAAAACAGGAAUACAAAUAUUUUAACUCUGUACAAAAAUUAUCAUAACUUUUGAAAUUUACAGUAUAUAUAUACCUCAUUCUUAGUGAU